AUAGUUACAUCUACAAACAUACACACAUUUUCUAUAAUAUCUGCUGCCAAAAAUUCCGAAAUUUAUCAUCAGAAAUUAUUCGAUAAGUAUGUUUCUGCGCUCCUUAACUAUUCCCGUCUUGCUGCGGGUACUAAUUGUUACUACCACGUGGGAGGCAACUUCCGCUAUCCAUAGCGUUACUCGGUACGCGGGAGGGAUUCAAAUAAGUCAGGCUGAUAUACAUGACAAUAGCUACGCUUCACAAUCUCUCGUAGUUUUUGAAAACGGGAUUGGUUACGGUGUCGGGGUGCUGAAUUCGGAGUGUAGUUUUCUAGCGAGGAUAUCGUCCAGUGGGAGGCCACGAAUUGGGGAUCCGGUUUACCUGCAAGUUAAUUCCACCGAUGUGUUCACUAUUUCUACCGUGACGAAUCUAACCAGCACGGAUGACCCUGCGUACAAAUUCGUCGAAUUCACGCACGGCGGGCUACCGGACGGUUCACACCCGAGCUAUUUGCCGGGAAUGCUGGCACCACCGCCAUCUGAAGGGACAUCAUGUAACUUGGUCGGAUUAGGGGACAGUUUCCAGCCUGAACGACUCCCCUCCAAUGUUAUUUCCAGGACGGCCUGUAUAGCUGCGUGGGCGGCCUAUCCGGUCGUUCAAAACGAGCUAAGUGCAAAUCCGAGCCGAUAUUUUUGUCUGUAUCCCACAUCCGAUCCGGCCUUUACUCCGGCAACGUUCACCUUUCGGUUCGGACAGCUGGAUCUACCUGGUGCGGCUUUUUGCAAAAAUUGGUCCGGUCUCCCUAUCCAUCUUCAAAUCCCGGGAUUAUCACGAUGCACCUGGUUGGGAAUUGCGCUCGGGACUAAACCCAUUUUUGCCGGGUAUAUUAAAUAUUUCAUAGAAGGAACCGGCGUCCCUCCAGUCGUCGUGGAGUACAUUCGUGUCGCACUAUAAAAUUAUGUAAAAUUCGAAUUAAUUAUUGUUUCAUCAUCUGCAUAAAUAUGUAUUUGAUAGGGAAAUAAAUGAAAU